GCGCUGUGCGUAGCCGCCGGCGGGCGCGGGGCGGCAGCUGUAGCGGCAGCUCGUGCCGGAGCGGGGCCAGCAGUGGCGGUUGGUCGCGCGCGGCGAUGGGGACGCAGGGGGCCGGGCGGAAGCGGCUCCCCAACCGGGAGCGGCUGACGGCGGAGGACGAUGCGCUCAACCAGAUCGCCCGGGAGGCUGAAGCACGGCUUGCAGCAAAGCGAGCCGCACGAGCUGAGGCACGGGAGAUCCGAAUGAAAGAACUUGAGAGGCAGCAGAAGGAGAUCUAUCAGGUCCAAAAGAAAUAUUAUGGUCUGGAUACAAAGUGGGGUGACAUCGAGCAGUGGAUGGAAGACAGUGAGCGUUAUUCUCGUAGAUCCAGAAGAAAUGCCUCGGCUUCAGAUGAAGAUGAGCGCAUGUCAGUGGGUAGCCGUGGAAGCCUGAGGUCUGACUUGGAGUAUGCCAGUGCCUAUCCAGUGGUUGGAUUAGAGAAUGAGAGGCCCAAAAAGAAGAACUCCAAAGCAACCAAUGGUUAUGAUGAAGACAUGUAUGGAUCAUCCCAGAGUAGAAAAUCUAGCAGGAGCUCCAACUACAGUGGGGAGAGCAGAAAAUCUACAAAGAAGUCAUCCAGGGAGAAGUUGCCUUCCUUGCUGUACAGUGAUGUUCUGCCUGCCAGAAGUUACAGGGCGUCUCUGUAUGAUGAGAGCAUUUACAGUGGGAAUCGUCGAUAUAGUGCCUCUAGUUCUCGUGCUCCGUCGGAGUACAGCUGCUACCUCGGCUCCGGAUCUCGGGCAUCUUCUAGAGCCAGCUCUGCUCGGGCAAGUCCAGUGGUUGAAGAAAGGCCAGAAAAAGACUUUGAGAAGGGAGCUCGUACUGUGUCAAGCUUAUCAGCAGCUACGCUAGCCUCUCUGGGUGGAACUUCCUCCCGGAGAGGCAGUGGGGACACCUCCAUCUCCGUUGAUACUGAGGCAUCCAUUAGAGAAAUAAAGGAUAUCAAUGAGUUAAAGAACCAGAUUCAGGAUGUAGAAGGCAAAUACAUGCAGGGACUGAAAGAAAUGAAGGACUCCCUAGCAGAAGUUGAAGAGAAAUAUAAAAAGGCUAUGGUGUCCAAUGCGCAGCUAGACAAUGAAAAAACAAACUUCAUGUACCAAGUAGAUACCUUGAAGGAUGCAUUGUUAGAGUUAGAAGAACAGCUGGCAGAAUCCAGGAGGCAAUAUGAAGAGAAAAGCAAAGAAUUUGAGCGGGAAAAGCAUGCUCAUAGCAUAUUGCAGUUUCAGUUCACAGAAAUCAAGGAGACCCUGAAGCAAAGAGAAGAAAUGCUCGAGGAAAUCCGACAGCUGCAACAGAAACAGGAGAGCUAUAUCAGGGAAAUUUCUGAUCUUCAGGAGACGAUAGAGUGGAAAGACAAAAAAAUAGGGGCGUUAGAGAGGCAGAAAGAGUUCUUUGAUUCCAUAAGGAGUGAGCGGGAUGACCUCAGAGAUGAGGUGGUUGUGCUGAAGGAACAACUGAAGAAACAUGGAAUAAUCCCAAAUUUGGAAGUAGCCACCAAUGGAGAGGCUUUAGAUGGUCUCGAUAAUGAAGGAUAUUCAGAUUCUACCAAGAUUACUCCAGGGGCGACUCAGAUCUUACAGACAGCUGGGGAUGGGACACUAGGCAGAGCCAAUGAAGUGGAGAUGAAAGAUGAGAUUUUGGAGGAUAUGGGGAAAAGAGAAAUCUUGCAGAAUACUGAGCAUGAGGAACACAAAGAGGAGUCUGAGGAGCGGGAAAUUGUAAAGGAGUGUACGGAGAUAAAGACAUUGCAUGCUGAUGAAAAUACAGAGGCAGAGAAAACCAUGGAAGACAAUGAUGUCACAUCAACAGUGAUGUUAAGUAGUGGACGUGAGGAACAAAUUCAAAGCCAUACAGAACAUGUUUCAGGAAAUGUUUCUUCCACUGAAAAUAGUGAUGUAAUUGAGUUGAGAAAGGAAACAGAAUCAGGAGAUGAUAGCUUAGAAGCCCAACAGUCUGGUAGUAAGGAAUCUGAACAUAGUAGUGAUUUAAAUCACUUGACUAAUGAGAAUUGGGAAACGGGUACACUGAAAAGUCAGAGUAUUGAGACUCCUCAGGGAAGACCUACUGACUUAGACACAGAGCAGGAAUCUGAAAGACUUGCACAAGAGCAGAAAAUAACACAAGAGGAUUUUACAAUUUGCCAGCAAGAAGGCAGUAGUGAAAUAUUUCAGGAAGCUCUUGAUUUUGUGGUUAGCAGCCAUGCAUCAGCUUCUGAUCAGUCAGGAUCACCAGAAGAUGCAAGAGCAGGUACAGGUAUUGAAGAAUCACAUGUGGAGGCUCACACUGAGAGUCUCUGUCAAGCAGAAGAAAGCACUGAAAAUGAGGUUAUGAGUAGCUUGGAGAAACAGCUUGAUGAAGAUGAAGGGUACAUAGACAGAACAGUUGGUAAAGGAGAGGAUGGUAAAAAUGACAGUGAUACAGCUGAAGAAGAAAAUAAGACUGGAAAUACAGUUCAGAGUCAGGGAAGGAAAGAAGUAGAUUCUGUGGAAGAGGAGGGAGAAGCAGCAUGUGCAAGUGAGGUCACACCAGAUACAAUUGUAAAAGAACAAAAAACAGAUGAAACACAUACUCUAUCCACUUUUUCAAAAAGUGAUCUGAUAUUUGCAGAAGAGGAAGGAAAUAUGCAAGAUGAGGUAGAGAAUGAGAAGGAUAUUGCUGAGAGGGGACAAACAAAAGACACAGGAAAGAUGGAAGAAUUAACAGGCAUGUUGGACGUUCAACCAGAUUCUGAAAACAAAAGGGUGGAAGAGGAGGAACCUAUGGUAUCCCUAGAUGAAUUUGCAGAGGUAAAAGAGGGUGUAUCGCAUCAGACAGAGCAGGACCAAGAUGUCAUGAAAGAAAUUCAAUCCCAAGAAACUAUUUUAGUUACUAGUCCCAGCGAUCAUGAAAUUGAGGAAUCAAACACAGAAAUGUGGGAUGAAUCUAGGAAAGGAGAGGAAAGUAGAAAUGAGUUGAUGGGAGAUGAGGGAACACAGGUAGAAACCCAAACAAUUAAGUGCAGUGAAGAAGUAAAGAAUAAUCCAAUACAAGAAAAAGAUAAGACUGUAGAAAGUGAAAUGCAGAAAAUAGUUAAAGAAGUGGAAGAUGAAUCUAGACAGGAAUUGACUCAAGAUGUCAGUGUAAUUAUUGAAGAGAAAGUUGAUGAUAAAGAGGCAUCAGUGGAAAGUAGCGAGAAGCUGGAUCUUCCAGACCAGCAGCAUGAUAGGUUUGUUUCUGAUGAUAGUUCAUUGCAGAAAAUCACAGAACUAUCACAGCAACUUAGUGAAUCCCUUGAAGGCAACACAAAGGAAAUGGAAAUUCAGAAAACUGUGUUAGAUGAUGCAUGUCAACUUAGCAGAAAAGAAGGGGAUACAAAACAGAUGGGAAAUGGGAAUGAGGAAGAUGAGAAUAAAGGAAUAGAAGAGCGGAAUGAAUUACAAAAAGUUAAGAAACCAGAAGUUGUUCCAGAUGUUGAGGAAGAUGCUGAUUACCUCAAGACACAGAAAGCAGAGCUGGAUGAGAAGUCUAAUGAACAAGUUGAGGUGGAGGGUCAAGAGGAGGAAAUAGUGGAAGAUGAUGGUGAAAAAUUUGAUUUUGAUGAUGAAUUAGGGCUGAUAUUAAAAACUCCCGGAAAGCAUGAUGCUGAGAAAGUUAAUACACAAACGUUGGAGGAAGUUAGGGAAAAGGAAAUAGUCACAGAAACUGCCAAAACAGGAAAAGGUGAAAAGGAGGAAACUCAUCAAAGCGGAACACAGAGUGUAGAGAAUGAGGGCAUGGUUACUGAAGGCAAUGCUAGUACCCAGCAGGAAAAAGAAAAUGAAGCUGAAGAAGCUGGUCGUUUGCAAACUGAUACAUCUCGGUCUGCAGCUCCAGAAAAAGCCUGUGAUCUGGUGGAGGACGAAACUGAGAAUGAAGCCGUGUUAGACAGCAAUAAUAUGGAAAAAAUAGCUGCUGAAUAUUCAUCAGAACAGGAGUUAGGAAACUUAGGCAACACUAGGGAUGAAAGCAAAGAGGAUAUGCAAGCUAGUAGAAGGGGCAAGGGUAGAUCUAAAGAAGACUGUGUGAUAUCAUGAGUUCAAAAUCGAGGACCCAAAUAAGUUACAUACCAUUCAAUCAGUUUCAAUACAAAAAUGCAUUUUGCACAAUAAAUCCGACUUUAGAAAUAUUCUUUAAAUUUCUCUGUAUGCAAGUCUCAUAGUACAGUGUCAAUCUAUAUAUGUGGACAUCCAUCCAAGUUACUUACUGCGAUACAUAGUCCACCAGAGAUUAAACAUGUAGGUUUGUUUUUAAUCUCUCAGGUUUCAUAUUUUAUCACCAAGCAGCACAAAUGUACUGUUCAGAUUCACAUCGAGUUAAAAUGCCUUUAAGGCAGAUAUAUCCUACCAAGGGACCUUAAAUAUUGCUCUUAUUUUCUAGACUAGUUUUAAGCAAAUUAGAUGUUUUGAAUGUACUUAAAUACCUGCCAGAGGUCUCUGUUAGGUACAUCACCACUUUAUGGUAACUAUGAUAAAGCAACUCUCAAGCAUUACAGAACUUGUAAUAAUGUCCAAACUUCUUUGUGAAUACCUACAGGUUCAGGAACCAAAUAUAACAGCUAAAAAUAAAAACAACAUAUAAACUGACUUUGUGUAUGAUUUUAGUAUGAACACAUUCCAAAGCAUGAUAUAUAAGAUAAACACACAAAAUGCCAAAAUAUUAGUAAGGUCACUGUGAAUCUGCUUAGUCUGCACACUUUGAAAGAACAGUAUAGCGUUUAAGAAAGUAAAACAUAAAUGUUUUGACCUGUUAGUCUUCUGAAAGGAAUAAGUGUAUACAUGUUUACUUAAUCUAGGCACUUUGCACCAGAAUAAGCCUUCUACAUCAUGUCUCACAUGUACUUUUUUAUUUUUUUAGGAUUGUUUUGGUACACAUGCUAAUGUGUGUGUAGAUUUUCUGUCAAGUACAUUUUCUUGCAAAGUUAAUAGUAUUAUAAAAUAUCUAUUUUUCUUAGAGGAAAAUUUGUUUAAAUUGCAUUUCCUUAUUGCAUUGUCUUUUUUGCAAAAAUAUGGUUAUGAAAGAAUGUUUUCUUAUCUCUGAAUAUACUUUUUCCUUCCUCCUUGCCAGGAUGAAGUCAAUUUUGAAUGUCUUAAUCUUUUUGAAUGUCUUAAUCAGAUAAUUGGUAUUGCUCUUUAUGUACUAGUGACCAUGUAGCCAAACCUGCCUUUUUGAAAAUACCUCUCAACAGCUAGAUUGCUUGUGAUAGCCUGAAUAUAAACUGUAGAGAUUUGUCUUAUUUGCAAAUUUUAAACCAGCUGGGAAGAAAUGUGUUUUUUGCAAAAGGAAACAUUCUUUUAAACUUGUUUUAAGCAAUGAAAAUCAAAAGGGAAUGCAAACUCAAGGUUUUGGGCGGUCUAUAGCAAGAUAUUGCUUGUAUUGCUGUUACAAAAUUAGCAGAGUGCAAAUAGAUUGAAAAGAUUCAAGAUGUAUAUCACAAAUGUACUGAGCUGUAUAUAAUUGAAAUAAACAUAUUUUAUACUUUAAAAUACCUGUCCAGAGCACUGCUUGCAAACCUGCAUAAAAUUCAGUCUAAACUGAUAAGAGAUUCUAAAAGCGCUUUUUUUUGUAAAAAGGCAUUGCAGAGUGGCCUCUCAAACGCUUUAUGUAUUGUAAUUUCUCUAAACGUCUAACUUCUUAUUGACCAUUUUCCUCCAUGCUCAUUAUAGGUAGUAGAAUUGAUGUUAUUUAAUUCUGCUAAGAAACCUUGACCUCCACAUCCCAGGAACUUAAUAUGACAUUACAGGAGUCAGUAAUUUUAAACCUACAGUGCCUUUUAAAUGGCUUCCUUUCUGACACUGUGAUGGCAGCUUUGGUGCAGUUUCUAUGAAAAUGUGCAAUCCUUAAGAUUGAGGACAAUAAAUGUUAAUAUUGGAAUAUAAUCAUUACACUAUUAAUCUGAUGAACUUCAACAGGUCUUCAAAGCACCUCUUACUGUAUAGUAUAGUUAACUAGUAUGAAGAUUUUUUUCAUUGCUUGAAUCUCAAAUGGAAUAUAAAUAAAUGUGCUCACUAGACUUUGUCAGUGAUUAGGAAGUCAUUUAUAGUUAUGUGUUAAUGAUGCCUAAUCCACUGAAGCAUAUACCAGCACUUGGUAUGUCUGGAGACAACUUGUUCAUAAGGAGAAAUGUAAUUUAAAUACUUCUGACAUAAUUAUGGGAAAGUUAAUACUAGUUUUUCAUUAAUAUUUCAGUUUAUUUUCCUCUGAAGCGUGUGCACAUCUGUAAGAACUUUUUAGAACAUUAGUACAGGGCCAGGGAAACCGAUACAAUUAUGACUCAUUUAAUAACUUGGUCAUAUUGUCUUCUGUUUUUCCAAAUUUGGGCACUCUCUACACUGGAUAUUGGCCAUGAUUUCAGCAUUCGGUGGCCAGCCAUCAAUGUAGCAGAGUUUUUACUGGUGCAGCUACAUCCGUGACUGGCCACCAAUUGCUGAAAUCAGGGCAAAUACCCAGUGUAGACAAGGCCUCUAAGUUCUUAGGUCAUUUUCCGAUGUGAAUCUCCACUCAUUUUGUAUGCAUGCUUUGGGUUAUGUGCACUUCAUGAGUGUGGUUCCAUGCAGGCAAAUCAUCUUGAAAAGAACCACAGAUAAUAGGGCAAAAAUGGUUACUUACCAGUCCUCCAAGAUUACACAGAUGGCACCCAGCAAAAUGUGCACUGUUAUAUAGGAAACAUGACUUCCCAGUAUGUGUUUAUGUAAUAAUGCCAAAGAUUAGAAAAAAGAAAAGGAGUACUUGUGGCAUCUUAGACUAAGAAAUUUAUUUGAGCAUAAGCUUUCGUGAGCUACAGUCAUCCUUCAGUCAACAAAAGUAUAAAUUCAUGGAGUAAACUCAUUGACUCUUUAAUGAAAUUCUGUAGUUUCUUUUGUAUGUGGGGCUAUUAAGUGAUCAGAGCUAGCCUUUGGGGCCCUCCAAAGCCAGUGGCCAAUGGCUCCAGUUUAUCUGGGUAUCUAGCAAUGGCAGUGCUAUUCUCAGCUUUCAUAUAAAAAACCAAGUUCCUAGUACUCUUCUUUCUAAAACUAGCCUUGAAAAUUAGACUCUGAAUUUUUCCUAAAGAUUCAUGGUUUACUUGCAGUCCUCCCACCACCACCUUUCAGCUGCCACGCUGGCCUUUCGGGUACACAUAACCCAUGGUUUGGGGAUGGUCCCAAACCCAAAUGAGUUCACAGGUCUGGGGGAGCAAUACUGCCCAUGCUGCUGCUGAUGGCACUAGGACUCCUGCAAGUUCUCCCACUUGGUUUCUUGCAACUGACCAGCUACAUUGCUGGGCAGCCACAGCAACUUCUGGCCACAACUGAGAUAGUUGAAUAGCGUGAGACACCGCAUAGGUUAAAUGUGGGAUGGAGGGCAAAGGUAUCUUGUAUCCAUGUCUCAGCUCUGGCACGCCAUACAGAUGCCUUAGUCAAGUCCCAAACUCUGUUUUAGUUUUCACCAUCAGCAAAAUGGGGAUACACUGUACCCCAUAAAAUAGGUAAUUAGCUACCACAUAUAAAAGGCACCGUAGAAUUCAGUAGAAUGGAGUAAUACUCCUACUGCCCCUCAGACACUUGGCUUGUUAGAAAACCGUAGCAUUUCAAAAUAAAAAUAUAGUGGAUUUUUCUUCACAAACCCCAGUACAGGCUCCUCUUCUAUGCGUGUGAGGAGGGGUGGAAAGGGGAGAACCUAAAGAACUUUUCACACACACACACACACACACACACACGUUUUGUUUGUACCUAGAAGAACCAUUUCACUUGCCCUCCCCCAAAUCCUCACACCUGCACAAGACUCAUGGGAUUGAAGUAGACAGGAGUCCAUUAUGUUGCGAGGAGUGAUGUGAAAAACUGCUUUGCAAAUGCCCCCAAAAAUGCAACGGGUAGCUCUAAAAAUAACUAUGACAAUUAAGUGCUUCCAUUCUGGACACUGCAGAUAUAUUUCAAACACAAAAGGCAUAUGUGUACCAUACUGUAAAUACUGUGGUAGUUGUGUAAUAAUUAUGUGUAUAUUUGUGUGCAUGGUUAAAUUUAGCUUCCAGAAUUAAAUGGACCAUUUGGCAGGUGGGGCUAACUUUAAAAUGGGACAUUCUAUCCUAUAUUAAACCUCAUUCUUUAGCAGUUUGCUUUCUGGCUCUUCUUCUGAUGUUUGACUUCCAACCCUGUCUCCAGCCUUGAAAUACUUUUCCUUGCUCUUCUGUUCUUUGGCUUUGUUUCCAUUUUUCCUCUAUUUUCCUUCUUUAAGCAGGGUAUUCUGCUCUCCACCUCCCUUUGCUUUUCAGCUACUGUAUAUGCACAUGCACAUGUGUUUCAAACCAAGUUAUUUAUUUUGCAGGACUUACCACAACGUGUCAUAUAGGGGUAGUCGUCCGUCCCUCCCUUCUUCUCCACCCCCACUUUCAGUUUCAUAUCAGGAAAGUUUUGCUUUCCCAAGAAAGUAUACAAAAUGUGGUUUCACAUAGAUGCCUGGCUACCACAAAGAUGGGUGUUCUUGAAAUUCCCUGUGUCCUGUCCAUUUCUUGGGCAGUUCUGAAUGCUGAAUGCUUUCAUACAGUAGAUGUACAAUGGUGCUGAACUGUCGUCUUACUUAUGAUAUGUGUGUUUGUUGUAUCAGACACCACAGAUAAAAAGGUGCAUUUUCAUAAUCUUAGAAUGACCUCUCUGUGAUUGUAGGCACACCACCGUGAUGAGUCACUGCAUUAUCUCGAAUCACCAUUGUUCGUUGUAGAUUUGCCAUAUAUAGAGGCUUCCAUUUAAAAAGUCAACGUUUUCUCAUUUACCAUAUACUGGUAUCUCCGAUUCCACAGCUAUUUCCUGUGUUAAGUAUAGUAUGUCAACAAAGAAAAAGGGUAAUAAUUUAGGGAUGACCUUUUCCAUAUAUAAGAUCUAAAAAGGCCUACUAUCUUCAUAUUUUAAAGAAUUCAAAACAUACAGUGUAGGUCUCUUUACACAAAUUAUAUCCUUAGGACUAUAUUCAGUAAAAACUAUAACGGAUUGUGAGUUGUCAGUUGCAAACUCUAAGAAAUGCAAGAACUCUUUUUCCUGACUGAACUUCUAAUGUUGGCAGUUAACUUAGUCGGCCAGAUCCUGAUGUGGUAGUUGAGUGUUCAGCACCUAUGUUUGGCUCUGUGUAGCUGACUGCCUAUCUGUAAGGAGUGCUGUGGUGGUGUAGCUGCGUUGGUCGCAGGAUACUAGAGAGACAAGAUGGCAGAGGUAAUAUAUUUUACUGGACCAACGUCUGUCCACUCUGUGUCUCUAUCUGUAGGGAGGACAAAGUAAUAUAUAUGCUCUACAGAAUCAGUAUAAAACAAAACAUUGAGCAGCUUGUAGAAAGGAAAAUUCUGUUGGUCAAAUUCAGCUGCUCUAAAGGAAUACGUUUUUCAAUGUAUUUUGUUCAGUAUAAAGGUAAAAUCAACUUGGUGGUAAUGUAGCGCCAUAGUUCAUAAAAUCACUUGUUGCAUAAAACAGUGGCACCUGCUGAAACGUUUCCCUUUGCCUCAAAGGAAAGAGAUGAGUGUUUGUUUACUUCAGUUUUCUUUUCUCAAAAUUAUCUUUUUAAUUCUGCAAAACAGUGUGCUAGCUCGUAUUUGUAUACUGAUCCCUAUUGCUUCAAAAUUCAGGUCUAACACAGCAAAUUGUCUAAGCUAACAAUCUCCUAUUUAUAUUCGACCUGAAGGACUAAAAUGGAGAGAACCACUUCACCAGACUUUAUUUCUU